AUGGUCAAGUCUGCCAUUGUCGGGGAAGGAGUAAGCUGGAUCUUUUCUAGUAUUGCAGCCGCCAGCAAAACCGAGGAGAAACCAGAUUUAGAAGCAACAAGAUGUGGUGGCCUAGAAAGGCUGGAGAUGGCGCGCAUCAAAAUGGAGGCCGCGCUCCAGACGUCCAACAAGUGGCAGAUCACUGACACGUCACUGCUCGAUUGGCGAAAGAAGCUGAAAUACGCUUCCCAGGACUGCAACGACGCAGUACGCAGAUGUAGACAACUUUCUCGUGAAGAAGACGAGGCGGAGCAGGUCGUAAGGAAAUCCUCAUUUCCUAGACGUUUCGCUCAUGCGACCAAGGCAUUCAUUUCCUCUCGUGUUGGCCGCAACAAUGAUGGUUGCUCUAUGGGCAGUGCCACCGUUCAAAGAUUCGAGAGGCUCGCGGAUGGUGCUGGUGAAUUUAUGAGAUAUGUGCAGCUUGGGUCACCACGACAACACCUAUUCUUUGACCCUCUCAUUGGGCAUAUCUUUGCAGGGAAAUCGUUGUUGUAUCAUGUGUUGGACCCAGGAGGCCAGUUACAUAUAUUCGGUAUACGCUCAAUGAGCUUCGAGGACAGAGGGUUAGAGGCCAUGGUAACCUUCGUAUAUCAAGAUUGCAAGGCGCCCAAGAACAAUUUCCGCCUUGGGUUCAUGUUGCGUGUUUCAGAGAGUACAGACAUAAUCGGAACUACAAUCAAGUGCUUGCGACGGGUGACGCCUCACUUCAAGUCUACUGCAGAAAUUGUCAUCAACGAGAUCACGCAGCUCCCCACGCAAGAUUUCUUCUGUGUGCCGCAACCGCAAAGACUUUCGACCAUGUUUCCAGAGCCAGUCUGUCAAGUGUAUUUGCAACGUCAAAUCUCAGUAUCAGAGUACAAUAAUCUUAUGAUGAGAUCAACCACAACAAGUGGCAAUGCGGACACAUCUACUUCUGUAGAGAACUUCCCACCUUUGAAGCUGGGGAUUUUAUUCAUGCCUCAUCACUCACUGGAGAAUCCCGAGUCCACAAGCGAGGGCUCCGCGAUAGAGGCGAUCGAUGGAGAGAAGCAACACCUCACCCAUGUAAAUGUUCACCCGGACCAACUCGAUGAAAUGCUUCUCCCGAAGGCGAUAGAUUAUCUCUAUCAUAACACUGAAGUUACAAAUUACCAGAUAUGUUGGACAUCUAACCACGGCAGUGCACACCUAUAUGUGGAGAACACAAGGCUCGCUGGGCCAUGCAUAGCCCUUAAAUCCACAAGACGAGAUAUUCAUAACAUGUUUCGUCAGAAGCAGCAGGAUCAACAAAUAAAGAAAGUGCAGUUGAAGCAGGUUGCCAGAGAUUACCUCAAACUAUGGGUCGUGCGUUCCUCUGAGAGGGUGCGGAGCUUGUUCUCGGCAUGGAUCGAUUAG